AUGAUUGUACGGAAGCGCUCGCAAAAUAAACCAGACAGCAAGAUGGCAUCGCACCCGGGAGGAGGCGAUCAAGGCAAAUCUAAAGAUGAGAUACUGGAAGUAGGAGCUGUUUUGUUAAAAGAUUUCAUCUGCCAGAGGGUUCAGCGGCACGGAGAAGGCAAUACUGAAGUGGUCAGGGCGCAGCUGGGUGGAGGAGACCUGUGUGACCCAAACACCAAGAGGCUUGCCCAGUGCCUGCAGCAAAUUGGAGAUGAGCUGGAUGGCAAUGCUGAGCUCCAAAGGAUGAUCAACAACUCUUCACUCAGUCCCACUAAGGAAAUGUUUAUCAAAGUUGCCGUUGAGAUCUUUUCUGAUGGAAAAUUCAACUGGGGCAGGGUGGUUGCACUGUUCUACUUUGCCUGUCGACUCGUCAUCAAAGCUCUUGUGACUCAAGUUCCUGAUAUCAUCAGAACCAUAAUCAGCUGGACCAUGGACUACCUCCGGGAAAAUUUGAUCAACUGGAUCAGGGAGCAAGGUGGCUGGGAUGGUAUCUGGUCCCACUUUGGCACACCCACAUGGCAGACUGUGGGUGUUUUCCUGGCAGGUGUUCUCACCACUGUUCUAGUGAUUCGAAAGAUGUGAGGGGUUUGUGAAGAGCAGACGUGUGAAAGAUGGGAAGAAGAACGAGUGAGGGAAAUGGGGACGGGAACAAGAACAUGUAAGAACAUCUGAAGGAGAACAGAAAGAAGUUAUGGCAGAUGGAACAAGUUGAACAGGCAGAGCUUGUAUUUGGACACGAAGAGACAGUCUUUGUUUCUGCCUCCCUUUCAUUUCCAAGGAUUGGGAGAUAGACUGUACGCACUGUUGCACCCAUGAUCCCUGUGCCACUGAGGAAGCGAGAAGAGCGUUUUUACAUGCACAGAGCUGGGGGGUGGAGAGUUUGUCAGACUUGAACAGGGAAUGCAUUUUAAGUAAUUUAUUUUUUACUCGGUACAGACAAAGAAAAGCUACUGCAUCCUGUUCUCUACCCUGAAAGAUAUAUGGACUGAAUCAUUUUGUUGAAGUUGGAGUUUCCUUUAUGCAUUGUUAUUUUCGUUUCACAGAUUGUUUUUCUGAUCUUCCCUCUAUCUCCAUCCACCUCAUCAUGGUGUCUGUAUUCUAAGAGACUCAAUCUUCAAAUGUAUUUGUGAGUGUUUUCUGGUGUAAAACUGUAAUGAUCUGCUUUAAAAAAAAAAGAUAUUUUUGGGAACAAUUGUUGUCAGAUUUACCAAGAAGAUUAUCUACACGAAGAGGAGUUACUCUUCCGAAUGGUUUCUCCCUUUACAUGCAAAGCUCAUCCUUAUUUCAGUGGAUAACAGAAGUGCCACAACAGGAACUUGUGUACAAAGUUUUGUGUACAUUCAACAUGAUUCGUCACAUGGUAAAACAGUCACAUUGUCUCUGAAAAUUAGAUAAGAUUUAAUCAUAUGCUCCUUUCAGCCGUUUUGACCAGCAUUGUGACCUUUAUGUGGCUGCCACUUAAAAAAAUAAUCCUGCCACUUACUGUUUGUUGGGAAUUGAGCCACAUCUGAUGAACUAACGUCUCCUGUGGACAGUGGGAGAUGUUGCACUGCAGACACAGAAAGUAUCGGAUUCCUCUCAAAUGCUUACCUCACUUCACACAUAUUCAAAGUACUGUACGUUUACUGGAGAUAUUCAGACUGCAAUCUUUUCAAAACAGCAAAUGUCUUUUGAUACAUUUUUCUUGUUUGUCAGUGCCUUGUUUUUUUUUUUGUUUUUUUGUUUUUUUUACUAUGAAAUCACUUUGAUAGUCUCAAAUUUUCAACUUUUUCUAUCACAUUUGUAAAGCUGAAAUUAGUUUCCAGUGCCCCUGAAAAUCUUUUUUGCUGUGUUCUUGUCUGUUGGAAUAUGGGAAAUAAAUCUUUUAACUCUGA